AUGGCUCGAGCCAUGGGGUCCGUCCGCCUAAAGAAGGCCAACCCUUCGACCCUCAUCCUCGGCGCGGUGCUGUGCAUCUUCAUCAUCAUCUUCCUGAUCUCGCCAUCAGGCUCCUCAGUCUCCAGUCGCCUCGCUGGUGUGACAGCCGACCACCACCUGUCGCCGCCGACGUCGCCGUACCGCAAAUCGAGCCUCAAGGGCGGCAAGUCGAGCCCGCCGCCCGUGUCCCGCUACGACCUCAACCAGGUGACCGUCACGCCUCAGCCGAUGCGCAACAACGAGCACAUUCUCAUCCUCACGCCCAUGUCCCGUUUUUAUCAGGGCUACUGGGACAAUCUGAUGAGGCUCAACUACCCGCACGAGCUCAUUACGCUCGGCUUCAUCCUGCCCAAGGACAAAGACGGCAACGCCGCUACCGCCGCGCUGCAAAAGCAAAUACAAAAGACACAGAAGCGCGGCCCCGGCAAGGACCGCUUCAAGAGUAUCAUUAUCCUUCGCCAGGACUUUGAUCCUGCCCUUUCCUCCCAGGAUGAGAGCGAGCGCCACAAAAUGGCCAACCAAAAGGCCCGCCGCGAGGUCAUGUCCAAGGCCCGCAACUCGCUGCUCUUCACCACUCUCGGCCCCAAGACCUCGUGGGUUCUCUGGCUCGACGCCGACGUUGUUGAGAGCCCCGCAAGCCUCAUACAAGACCUCGCCGCCUUUGACAAGGACCUUGUCAGCGCCAACUGCUGGCAGCGCUACUACGACGAAGACCUCAAGCAAAUGUCGGAACGCCCAUACGAUUUUAAUAACUGGCAGGACAGCGAGAAUGCCCAAGAGCUGGCCAAGAAGAUGAGCCCCGACGACAUUCUUCUCGAGGGCUACGCCGAGAUGCCCACGUACCGCACUCUCAUGGCCAAAAUGUUUGACCCCAACGGCGAUAUCAAUCAGGUGAUGCCGCUGGACGGCGUCGGCGGCACCGCUCUGCUAGUCAAGGCUGAAGUGCACCGUGACGGUGCCAUGUUCCCGCCCUUUUCUUUUUACAAUCUGAUUGAGACUGAGGGCUUUGCCAAGAUGGCGAAGCGUCUUGGAAAGCAACCAUGGGGUCUACCCAACUACAAGGUCUACCAUUAUAAUGAGUAA